AUGCCCGUUCUUUCUUUCUCGUAUUUACAGACAGGGAUUAUGUAUGCCCGUUCUUUCUUUCUCAAUCUAUUCCUCAACCAUCUAUCCUCACCUAUCUAUCCUCAAUCUAAUCUCUCAUUUAAUCUAUCCCUCAGCAAUAUAUCACCUGUCAUCCAUCUAUCCCCACCAUCUAACUCUCACCCAUCUAUCCCUCACACAUCUAAGAGCCAUCUUUUCCUCACCCAUCUAUACAAAAUCCCUCACACAUUCACAUCUUUCCAUCUAAACUCUCAAAUCCCUCAAAACAUUUGCACUGUCCCUCCACAUAUAAAAUCUCACCCAUCUACCCCUACCCCAAAAUGUCAGCACUCACCCAUCUAUCCCUCCACAUCUUCCUCACCCAUCUAUCCUCUUUUCUAUCCCUCAACAUCUAAGAAAACAAUAACCAUCUGUCCCUCAACCAUCUAUCACUCAGAAUCUAAAAUCACCCAUCUAUCCCUCAUGCAUCCCUCACCCAUUUCCCUCUUUCUCUCAUCCAUCCUCCCUCACAUAAGAAACCCAUCUAAAAACUUGAACCAUCUGUCCCUCAACCAUCUAUCCUCAGAUUUUCCACAUCUAUCCCUCACACCCCUGAAUACUCACCUGGAUCACUCAGCUGUCAAUCCCCAAAAUAUAUCUCACGUCUAUCCCUCCCCCAUCUAUCCCUCAGAAUCUAUCGCUUCAAACAUCAAUCCCUCACAUCUAUCAGGAAAUGCUAAUGAUCCCUCUGAUCCUCCCUCACAAAUGCUCUCAAUCUACAAACAUCUAUCCCUCACCCUUAUCUCUUACCCAUCUAUCACUCACCAACUAUCCCUCACAUAUCUAAGCUCUCACCCAUCUAACCCUCACUUAUCUAUCCCUCAAACAUCUACGCUGUCACCCAUCUAUCACUCAACAUCUAUCCCUCACACAUCUGUCCCUCACACAUCUAAGCUCUCACCAAUCUAUCCCUCGUCAGCUCUCACCCCCCUAUCACUUAGUAAACUAUGCAACUCUCUCUUACAUCAAUCCCCCACCGAUCUAUCCCUCACAUCAACUUUUAUCAAUCCCCUCCUUACAUCUGUCCCAACCAUCUAUCCCUCACCCAUCCAUCCCUUUAGUGUCAAUCUCACCAUCUAUCCCUCACAUUUAAACUCCCAGCUCUCACAAAAUCCUCACCCAUCUAUCCCUCCUUUUGUUAGAUAUAUCCCUCACCCAUGUGUCCCUCAACAUGAUAGCUCCCCCCAUCUAUCCCUCACCCAUCUAUCCCUCACCCAUCUAUCCCUCACACAUCUAAUUUCCUCACCAUCUAUCACUGACUACCCCUCACAUAUCUAUCCCUCACACAUCCAUCCUCAACACAUCUAUCCCUCAACCAUCCUUUCCCUCACCCAUUUUUCUGGCCCUCACCUAUCUAGCUCUCACUCAUCUUGGUCUAAACACCUCUCACCCAUCUAUCUUUCACCCAUCUAUCCCAUCACCCAUCCAUCCCUCACACCUCAAGCUCUUGAUCUUUCCUCAAAGACCAUCUAUCCCAUACCCAUCAGAAACCUCACACAUUCUAAGUUCUCUGUGCAUCCUCUCUCAAUACAUCUAUCCCUCACCAAUCUAUCCCUCUUUGGAUCCCUCACACAUAUAAGCUCUCACCUAUCUAUCUCUCAUCUAUCCCUCACCCUUCUAUCUCAAGAUCUAAGAUCUCUUAUAUCCCUCACCAUCUAUCCUCAGAUCUUCCUCAGCUAUCCUCCAUCAAGCUCUCAUCUCUCCCCCCCCAUCUAUCCCUCAUAUCUAUCCCUCACAUUUAAGCUGUCACUGUCUGAUCAAUCUAUCUGGAAGCUGUCACCCAUCCCUCACCCAUAUCUUUCAACCAUAUAUCCCUCAUUCAUCUAA